AUGCAGACGCUCAAAGAUUUGACCAGCUCACUUCAUGAUGGUGCGAGCUUGCAAAGACUGCGGGACAACCUGAACGAACUGCCGAAGAGGUGGUUGGCUCGAGUGGAACAGCCGGAGGACUAUCUCCUGGGCACGGUCAGAGGCGAAUGCAACUACCACUUCAAGUUUCGCUUGGAGGGCGGUGGGUAUUUCCAGACUGGUGUGCUGGUGGCAUCCGCGGAGGCAAGUCCUGGAGGAUUGCCGGUACCAUUGAAGUGCAGGUGGAAGCGCAAAAUUGGUGACCUUCCUGUUGAAAUCCCCGGCGUCACUUCAAACAUGUACCAGAUCUCUGCUGAUGAUGUUGGGACUGACAUAUCCGUCGAAGCGCAGCCAGCUGAUUUCGAUGACGGCCAUCAUGGCAUCGUGAUCGGAGAGAUUGGUCCCUUCGAGCUCGACCCAGCCACCAGACGCAGCCUGGACAAUGCACUCGGCCUGGGAGGAAGCAGGCCAGCUUGUAGUGAUCAUGAGAGGCAUCCAGUCAUAACCAUGAUAAAAGCAUUGCCUCAUAUUGCUUCCUGUCUUCAGUCAAACACAUGUCCCCUUCACCUGCAGCUGAAACGCAGAAAAUCAGUCUGCAGCUAUAGAACCUACAACACAACAUGUUGGUCGGGCUUCCUGGCUGAUCCCCAAAAUUCAUUGUGUGGAGUCCGUUUCGCUGACAGUAUCCGCGUGCAGCCAAACAAACAAAUGGCUGCUAAGGCCAACGACUUGUUUCAUCUUUGCGCAGAGAGAAGGUGA